AUGCCUCCGUUAUCAUAUGAGAAGGAGAUAUUGAGAAGUUUCGUACCGACAUGGCGCGAGAGUUUAAUUUUAUACUUUAAACAUGGCACUCUCGAUAAGCGGAAGAAUCACAGCUUAUCAAAGAGUGUAGGAACAAGUCAAAGAGUAGACUCAGAUUUCCAAAAUGGACUCGCAAUUAUCUCCUCAGGAAUUGAUACCAGCAGACUCUUGUUUUAUUUACUAUUUUACAUCGCUAAUCCUCUACACAUUUAUGAAAAUGACUCAUCUGUCAUCAGAUUUAAUCCAAAUCAAUUCAACUCCGAUACCACAGACACUAAUACCGUUACUAUUAUUAACAGUUUCAAGCAUAAAAAUGGUAAAAGAGGUCAGAAAAGACAAAAAAUUGAUGACUACGAAAAUUCUGCAAACUGUGAAAACACGUCUAAAAAACAUAAAAAUGGCUUAAUAAGUGAUAAAAGUUUAAAUUAUUCCAACUCCAACUAUACAACUAAAUUCUACUAUCAGCUGUACAACAGACCUGGCAGUACCACGGAGGAAGAUGAGUUAUACAAUUUGAGUGUGAAGAAUAGUAAUUUGGUGUUAAAAUCAAACUCAUUGUACAGGAAAAUAUUCUCAAUGUCUGAAUCAGACUUUCCAAACCUGACUGACCGGAUGCACUUAUUCUCAGAUGUCAAUGUGCAGUCUACAGUCACAAUAUACUCACAUUUAGUAUUUGUCUUGGGAUUUGAGAUUACAGAUUUCGAAAAUUAUGAAACUGCCUACAAAUAUUUGACCAACAAACUUUUUAUAGACCGGGAGAAAUCGUCAACUGGCUUGAAACAACUGAAAAGUAAUCCACUGAAUGACCCACCGGGUAAAGAGUACUGUAAAGUGAUUCCUGCCAAUUCUGACCAGCUGGUGUUACCUAAAUUAGUCUUCAUAGACGGCAGUGUGGUAUCCAGUUCUAGACAGCAGUUAUAUGUUAAUGGCGGUUACUUCUGUAUUAACACCAGAGUACUCCUGAAUGACAUUUUGACGAGUAAAAUCUUGCCAGAGAUCAUUGGUGGCAUUGUGGUGAUGAAUGCACAUCAAAUUACCGAGGACUGUAAUAUAGCGUUUGUGAUUAGACUACUGCGGAUGAGGAACAAAGUAGCCUUUGUCAAGGCUAUUAGCAAUAACGUGCACUGUUUCAAAGGGCACAACUUGACAUAUUGCCUGAAAAAUGUUUUUACGAAAAAUGUUAACUUAUUUCCCAGAUGUCACCAGUCUAUAGAAAAUGUACUCAAUGAUACUCUGGUACAGCCUGUUACCUUUGAAGUGUCACUACCACUCAGUGAAAUCGCCUCAGAAGCCUACAAUAGUAUACUGAAGAUAAUUUGGACAAUUGUACAAAGCAUGAAGAGACUAAAGUAUGAAGUUGACAUGAAUAAAAUUGUCUACACCACUAACAAAUUAUUGAUUAGGUUACUGAGGAAACAGGCGAAGAGUACUAAAGUGUAUCAUCACUUGCAGAAUAAGACACAAAACACACAAUUAAGUAGUAAAGAUUUUUAUAUUGAUGUGCUCUUGAAGUUUAGAAGAUUAUUAGAUCACCUGCUUUACACUGAUCCAAUUACCUUUCUGGAAGAAUUAGAUAAUAUAAUCACUGAAAACUCCAACUGGGUCUGCACUCCAAACGGCAUUAAACUCUUCAAAAAAUCAAAUGAACGAUUGUUUAAAAUUGAGAAUGAUAAGAUAGAAUUGAAUAUAGAGAAGAAUUUGAAGCUUGAGUACAUCGUGGAUAUCCUGAGAACUCCGAUAACGAAUGAGCAGUUGGUCCAGAUAAUAAAGAGUAAUUUCAAGCGCUAUAAAAUCUAUGAUCGUGUGCCGAAUAAGCAUUACAAUCAGUUUUAUAUACGGAAUUACUUGGACAAGUUGAAGACGAAGCGGAAGUAUCUAAAUUUAAGUGUUAGCAGAAGAAGACUAGUCCGAAUUGAAAAAACCCAUUUAAUGUUUUUUAAUAAACAUUUCAACUCCGGCAGGAAAUUAAAGAGAAAUGUGGUCAUUAUUGUGGAGAAUUUCUACCUGGUUGAUUACCUAACAAAGUAUUUUAAGUGUCCAGACUACCAUCUCACCAGGCUAAUCCAAUACCUACAGUCGAAUCUCUACCAUGAUAGCAGUGUUAAUACCAGAGAAAACAGCAGCUUCAUUAGUGAAUACUACACUAAUAUCAACAAGAAAAUUUUAAAUAAAAGCAACAUCUACAAUCUGUAUAAAAUAUUAUUAAGGCAGCUGGAACAGUCCGAUGUUAAUGUUGAGAUGCUCAAGUCUCUCAACAAUGUCAAUAAUACAAAUAGUCCCCAAACCAAUAACACUCCAAACGUCAAUAAAAUUAGGCAUAAGGAUAAAGUUGACAAUGAGGAUAAUGGGGAAAAUGAGGAAGAGGAGCUGGAGAGUGGAUAUGUAUCGGAGUCAGAAUCUGAUAAUGAAGUAUUUAGUAUAAUAAAUGAGAAGCCAAUAGAUGUGAAUGAGUUAAUGAACUACAUAGAUAUAACAGUGGAUUUUGACAAGUAUAUAGAGAAUUCGGUGUACAUUGUGAAAUCCUACAGUAACAUAAAUACCACUAAAAUUGACAAGUAUGACAGGCUCAUGACCACACUUCUGAAUGUGAAUCCUUGCAUAAUCUUGAUUUACUCGCCAAAUGUUCAUGUUUUCAGAACUAUUGAGAACUACUGUGCACAUAAAUUUGCCAGAGGUGAUUUAAGGAGGAAGAAGAUGAACUUUCUCCAGGUCCACGUGCUGUCGUACAAGGAUUGUCUGGAAACUCACAGAUUUGCAAAGUGUUUAAAAUCUGAAGUUGACGCUUGGAGUUCUCUGCAGAAUGAGAAGAAAUCACAGGUGGUAAGAUUAGACGAGGGGAUUUUGCUGAAUAGAGCCAGUUUGAUAGGGCAGGUUAUUGUUGACACACGGGAAAUGCACUGUAAAUUACCCUUUUAUUUGUUCAAUUUAGGGAUUAACGUCGUGCCAAAUGUUCUUGAAAUCGGUGAUUAUCUUAUUACUAGGGAUAUCUGCAUUGAACGGAAAAGUUUCAUGGACCUACAGAUCUCACUCAAUAACGCCAGACUCGCCAAACAAAUAAGUGAGAUGUGCAGUGCGUAUAAUAAUCCAUUUUUAUUAAUUGAAUUUGAGGAUGAAGAUUUAUUCCACCUGCCAUCCACAGGAUUCACCAAAGGCGGCUAUAACUACAUCUACAUCAAGUUGGUGAUUUUAUGUUGUAAUUUUCCUAAAUUGAGGUUAAUUUGGUCCUCGUCACCGAAACAUUCAGCUAACAUUAUCAAAUACCUCAAGGCUAAUAGAACUGAGCCGGACUUGAUCAAUAAUGAUUAUCUCAUUAAAAACUUCAGAAACAGGUCUGAAAAACUGGAAACCAGACCUGAAACUACUACCGAUAACGUUUCUGAUAACAAGACCGACCACAGCCUCAAAGUGGAGGAAAUUAAGACUGAAAAUCUUAAACCUGAAACUUCUGUUGCAAAUAUUGAUACUAAGACUGAAGAUCUUGUUAAAGCUAAAGUUGAAGACGCUGAUGCCACAACUGAGGUUCCCAAUUCUAAUGCCAAUUCUAAUCCUAAUGCCAAUGUUAAUACUGAAGAUAAUGAUGAAAAUAUUAAUAUACCUGAUGAAACUGAGAAACCUGGGGCUGAAAAUACUACUGAAGUUCCUGAAAGUAAUCCCGAUGACACCACUGAGAGUGCCAAUGCUGACGAUACUAAGGCGGAUGAUAAUGUUGACACUCCUGAGGAAGCCAAACCUGAUGAAACUGCGGAAACUACUGUUGAAAAUGUAAAUCCAGAGCCUAAUGUGGAGACAAAGGACCCUGAGGAUACCGUUGAGGAUAACUUGGACAAUAAUGAGGAUGAGCCAUCAGAAACUGUGGAAAAGAAUGAAGUAAAAGAGACGGUAAUAGGUCUGAAGAGGCCGGAAUUUGUAAAGAACCGUGAUGCGUUGAAGAUUCUAAGGAAUAUUCCGGGAGUGACAUCACAUAACCUCUCACUGAUUUUGACAAGAGUCAAAUCAUUAUUACAUUUGAGCGAAUUAAGUUUAAAGGAACUUUGUAAUUUCUUACCUGAAAGUGAAGCCAGACUAAUUCAUGAUUAUUUCAAUAUGCCAAUCAAUCUCAUAUAA